CUGAUUCUAAGAGAAUUGCUCUGACGUUUGAUCUUCUAGCAUGCCUGACAUUUCAAACAAAGGUGCACCUGAUGUUAGCUUUGGCAUUAUUUCCGUCAAUCGAAUGAUUGACAGCAGCACAAACGAGACUUGAAACAUUUCGAACAAAACCGCUGUAGUAUCCAUUAGCUGGUAUCAAUAGGCAAUUUGAAAGGGUUCCUUUCAGAGUGUGUGAUAAAAAUCGAGAGCUGAGGGCCUCCAACGGUACAGGCAUUGCUGUUCACUCUGACGCAGAAAAAAUACUUGAUCUUCUGACAUCACAAGUAACAGCGCCAUGUCCAACUCGUCAUUCGCAGUGGACUUGAAUUUCUUCUUUUAUACACAGCUUGCUACUGGUAUCUGUUUGGCGAUCCUUUCACCCUUAACAAUCGUAAGUAACGCUUUGCUUCUGCUCACUAUCUUCAAAGAUCCUCUAAGGUGCUUUCGUACGCCAGCUACCUACUUUAUCGUCGCUUUGGCUGUUGUCGACCUUACGACAGGCCUGUUGAUCGAGCCUUUUUUCGUCCUCUAUCGCUUUGUACGUUAUUCAACAUGGUCCCUUAUCAUAGGAGAACCGUACUACACGUUGCGAGAAAUUGGAAUCUGGCUGUCGUAUGUUGGGCUAAACGCGUCAUUUCUACUAGUCCUGGGUCUCAUUUCCACGCAGUAUCUUGCGAUAACAUACCCGCAUCUCUAUCGUUCAAUCGUCACAACACGUCGGGUCCUCGCAUGUGUUGUCUCCUGUGUUGGGUACUUCACAGGUUUUAUUCUGCUUCAAUUCGUUGUAUCGCCACAACUGACCCUUUUUCAAGUCGACCUUCACCUCCACUCCACGCUUAUAACAAUCCUCCUUAUCGUCGGUUCAGCGAUGCUCUUGAGGUCAUUUCGCCAAUUUGCUAAAACGUCUCGUCGACUCGCAGGAGGGAACAGCAUCGAACAACGAACCAUCCGUGGGCGCGGGAACAAGCCGCAAACAAACAGGAUAAGCGAGAGGCAGUUUACCAUUGUGACUUUAUUUCUGGCAGGAAUACUUAUAGUGUGCGCUCUUCCUCAUAUCAUUACACUCCAUAUCAGAUUCUACACAAAAAUCGAAACUCGACAAGAGUGGCUUGACUUGUUCGCUGUAAUCACAAUUGGUGACGAGAUGAUGUUUGUGAAGGUGGCUUUAGACGCGUUCAUCUAUGCCUGGAGACUUAAGAAAUAUAGGAGGUCGUUAAAAAUGGCGCUGUCUUGCGGCACCAAUAUAGUUGAGUCUGAAAUAAUUGUUGUGAGGACCAUGGACAAUUUUACCUUUCAACAAGCGAACCCCGAGACGUCGUCGACUCAAGCUACUGGUUUUGGUGCAAAUUAGCUUUGAUGCUAGUUUUCCUUGGUUUUAAAAUAACAGUUACAACGUUUUGUAAUGGAAAACCUCGUGACGAACGAUCUCUUUGCGAGUAGCCUCUCAGUCGAAAAGCCCUUCGUAAUGACUACCAAGAAAUCUCGCUAUUUCAAAACUAAUAUUGAUAAAAACUCUGGCCGGAGGAACAUUUUACGUCUGCAACCUGCUCUUGUUAACCGACAUCCUUUUUAAAUUCCCAAGAUUGUAGCUUUUGCCCCUGACUGAAAAUGCAUUUGCUUAAUUCAAAGAUAGCUGGAAAUGGACUCAAAUCUAGAGAUCGUAAAAUGGUCGUGUACAAAGUUUCUCCAUGUUUCUUUUGAACGUAACACAAUUUUUUGGACAUAUCGAAUCUUUAGGGUUUUUUCUUUGUUCUCAGAUGAUAUAGCUGACGGUCGAAUAACUUUAAUUCUACAGAAGUUGGAGGCCACUGUCGAAGAAGAUGGUUGUCUUCAACAGCUGCUAUAAGCAUCUUUAAGGAUUCAAUUGCAGUAACUUAUGGUCAGGGAUUUGCAUAGUUUAGUAUCGACCAACCAUAGGAUUAAGCGAGUAGAUGUUAAUUUUAUUUACAAUUUUCGAAAAAUGAGGUGAUCCUCUAUUAUCUUCUAGAGGUUUUUUUUCAACGAGUUCUGAAUAAGAUGUUUAUCCAGCCAGGCAGGUGAGAACGGAGUCGACGCGCGAAUGCUUUUUGACAAUCCUCACGAGAGUUAUACAGCAUGAUCCUUUUUUGCUCUUCUCUCUUUUUUUUUAUCACCGCUAUAGAAUUUCUGUCAUUCGCCAAGGCUGCUGAUGGUAACAUGGAAAAGCUUUAACUAGAGUCUUCCAUGCAAAGAUGGAACACUCAUAACUAGGGAGUAACCUGACAUGAAAAUUGGUAGUUGGUGGCAAUAAAAGCUGUUUUUAAUUGUUUCAACUUUUGACCCGCCACAUGGGAAAUUAAGCAACCGUUCCUUUAAAAGCAUAGAGAGCAAAUCGUCGUCAAUUGGAGAGCAAAAGACAGCCUGUUUCAAUAGAUUAUAAAAUGAGCGUGCAAAGAAAGACGGAAACAAGGCAUACUUUUAAUAACGACGACAAACAACAUGCGUUUAAUGUGACAGCUGUCAUAGAAAAAAAUGACAACCAGUUGAUGCAAUUUGUACCUCGUCUGAAUUCGAGUAUACUUGGCGCCUGCGAAAGGCAAAUAAAACCACGAUCAUAAAAUAAUCCUUUUUUUUGUUGUUGCAAUCAUACUUUGAAAAAGAGUUAUUACGCUUUCGCAAUUGCUUGGUUCGUGUGUUGACAACAUCCAGAGUAACUUUAAUUUUAAAUUGAAAUGGGCUUUGGUCACUGAGAGAAUGGAAUUCUUUGCAUUUUCAGCUUGGAAUAAGUUCGUGCAGAUUAGUGAAAAUCA